GAAGUAACUUCUUUUUGCACCCAGUGACCAUUUACUAGAAGAAAUUCUCCAUUGGGCUGUUUUUCAUUUCGAACGGCUUAUAAUUUACUUCGAGCUCCGUUCAUCUGAAAAAUUUAGCUUAUCCGACGUACUUACAAUUGUUCGCAUCCGUCAUCUGUGGUCAUUCAGCUCAGAUAAUGAUCGAUGAUCGUUCACACAAAGGUGGCCCCCAAUCCGAUAUAAAUGUGCCGUUGAUUACUGUUAUCCUCGUAUUCUGGAGUUCACCAUUACCAUCAUGGGCAACUUAUUGUCAUUCGAGUCAUUAGAUGAUGUCAAUAAAGAGCGAUUAACCCGCGAUAUCUUUUACAGUUUCGUUUCCCUUCACAAUGAUCAUCGAGAGAGCUUUGAAGAGAGGAUACAAUCUGACCAUAGUUCCAAGACUAUCCAUAUUGACAAAGUAUUUCGCAAGGAUUGGUUCAUCAGGACUGGGGUUUCGAACGAUUCAACUGCUAUUAGUACCUUUAUAUCAGAUGAAUUUGAUGAUCGUGUAUGUGCAGACAUAAUCCCAGGAGUCACAAAGAUCAUGGGCAUCGCAAUGGAUCGCCUAUUUGGAAAUUUUGUAGCGAAUCAAUCAUCGACUUCCACAUAUGUCAUAUCCGUUGGUAGAUCGGGUAUAUCGAGGAUGGAUGUCAAUUUCUUUGCCUACCAGUUCACUUCAAAGAAGAUAUCAGAAAUCGCGACCAACUUGGUAGCAAUAACUGUUAUCACAUCGGCGCCCAAGCUUAACGAGCUGAAGAGGAACGAUGUGUCUGUCAUCUCUCAGAUGCUUUGCACAGCUGAUUUCGCUGAUGAAAGAAGAUUGGCUAUUCGUAACAAAAUGUGGGAGAUAGUCCAGCAGAAGACGAGUACGUACAGCGACCUGCACGAAGUUUCUGGGAGCGAGCACAGGAGAAAUUGGAAGAUCUAGGUUAUAGGAAAAUCAACUUGAACAAAGCGGUCGGGUUCUAGAUUCAGAUAAAAGGAAUUAUAAUGUGACUUAACAAGUUGAGCCCGACAUCGUUAGUAGCGCUACGUUACGGACUUGAUUCACUGAAUUUAGAGAAUACUUGACAAACGAGGAACACAAAAAUAAUAGCGAACAUU